AUGCUCAACGCAAAGUCCCUCGCUCUCUGGGCAGCAGUCUUCCUCACCGCUGCCAACGCAGUGCCCUGUAAGCCAUGCAACAACGGCCCCAGGCCCCAGCUUGACGGCCUCACAGGCGCUCUCCCGUUCUCUCCGCCAGUCCCACUCCCUGGGGCCGGGUCACUUGCUGGCACGGCCUCUGGCAUGGCUUCCGGCAUGACCGGCGGGUCUAUUGGUGACACCUCCUCGAUCCCAGUCGUCGGUGGAGCGGGAGGACCUAUCGACGCCGCUGGAUCCCUCGCCGGAGCCGGAUCCCCAGGCCAAAUCGUCGGUGGUGCGACCGGAUCACGCGGUCCUUUAGAGCUAUUGGAGGACCAUGUCGAGGAUCUGGCCAAGGUUGCUGAUGGAGAAAAAGACCCGCUGACGACACUGGAGGAGCAUGCCGCCGAUGGUGCUGGACUCAUUCAAACCGAGCUCGGUGGGGGAACGGCGGCUGCUGGCGCCCAGUAG